UUCGAUGACAAAUAUUACAAAAAAGAACAAUGCUAUGUAUGUACAUACAUAUAUAUGUACAUAUGUAUGGACAUACUUAAAUUCUUACAAACGAGCUUCUGGAAACUAAAUAAGUGACAGCGUAAAACUUUAUACAUUUUCCUUACUUUUUAAAAAUUGAUGUGGUGUUAUUUUAAUUACUUAAUUCCAAUAUUAAAUCAGCUUUGGCUUUUGAGACUCAAUUUUAUACAUUUGGAAAAGUAUAUACAUAUAUAUAUAAGUAAAAAUACGUACUUAUGUACAUAUGUACGCAGAUAUUCCAAAAAGUAGUAUAUAGAUAUGAAUCUACGUCUGUAUGUAUGUAUGAAUGUAUAUAUGUACACAUAUUUGACAUCGCAAGACUAACUCAUACAUGCACACAAGUCUAUAUGUUAUGCAGUUUUUUAUUGGCUUAGUACGAGUAUCUAUGGAAACGAAAAGUAUUGAUUUGGCUAUCGAUGUGCUAAUAAAUCUCUCACCUUCGUCCGGUAUGAUUAAAUAUGAAGGGCUAUCUAUUUCUAAUAUGACAGGAAUACCUAAUGCUGUGUUCAACGAUGAGUUCCAUUUUUGGCUUAAUGGCUACGUCAAACGAUGGAUACGUCAAACGUCCAUUGAAAACAACAGUUUGAUGCGGCCUAUGGGCUGGAUGAAUCAUGAUUUUGAUGCCGGAAAUUGGAAUCCGCGAUCUCCACAAUACUUGGUUCCAACAAGACGACCUACUUGCCAUACUGCCUGUGAAACAAUGGAUUCAUUGCGUUGUCGUUUCGGUGAGCAAUUUAUCUUUCGUCGCGGACCAUGUAAUUCUAAAUGCCUUGUGGAUAAACAAGCUUCGAUUGAGGCAUUGGAAGCCAAAAUUACUAAAGUUAUUCACAAGAUACCGAUCGAAGUCCUCCAGCGAGUUAUUCAAAAUUGGUGUUUACGGAUGGCCGAAAUACGGCGCAGUUGCGGCCAGCAUUUGAUACCUCUAAAUUAGUCACACUUUAUUACUGAGAUCGAAUAAAAGCAUUAUCACUUUUUAUAAGAUUACAUUUCCGCCCAUUGGCCUGAUGUUACAAGUCUAUGAGCUUUCAGUCCGGACCGAAUUUAACCUUCUUGACUGGGCGCAUAUACUCUGUUUCUUUAUAAGCAUAAUUUGGUUUCGCCUACAUGUACUAUGUGCACGGGUCCGCCGUCGUCCAGGAAAACUGGAAAUGUUGCGCGCGGAGACGUCACGAACGGAGGACGUUGCACUUCGGCAGGAUAUCCUAUAAAAAGGAGGAUUCAUCAUCAACGUAGUUUUAGGCAAGGAAAUAGCUUUGGAGCAAGAACACAAUACGAAAACUAUAAGCAAUGAUUGGAAAAUAUACAGUUUUAUUGCAAAAUAUAUCAACUUUCUUAUAAAUAUUUACUCAAUUCACGCCGUUGUCAGCGAAUAGCGAAAACGAUUCAAAUUUUUUAAAGCUUUUUAAAAAUAUUUGACCAUACUUACACAUAAAUUUUCAAAAACGCGACAUGGAGAAUGAGCGUGAAACUUUUUAUAAUUAAAUUAUAGUACAUUUCAUCAUUUAACAAAACAACACCGGCAUCUGAAACAUUACUUACUUUAAAAUAUGUAAUAUUUAACUGAAAAACUUAAACAUUUACUUCAAUUUAAUUUAUUUUAAUGUGUGUACAUAAAGUAUAUUUAAAAUUUCUGCAUCAUAAUAAUUCGAAGAUUCGCUGUUCCUAUUGUACUAAAUCUCAAAAUUUUUGCAGCUCAUGAUCCAAAAUGGAGUCUGGAACGACGUGAGUCGUCAGGUCAAUUGGUAUGGCGCAAGGAGU